AUGUCGAGCCAAGCACUAGACGAUGCAACCUCUUACAUCAUUCCCCUCUCGACUUACGACACCCAUGGCCUUUGCACCAACUACCCCCUGAGAAGACACAAGUGGGAAGCGGAAGCCAAUGCAGGAUCUCAGCAGGCAAGAUCGGAUUGGAUCAAGUAUAUCGGGCCUAUCGAGGAGUUUGGGACAUGUAAUCCCAUCAACGGAAACUACCCAGCUGUUGCGCUACCGUUUACCAAGCCGGAGCGAUUGAGUUUGAUAGCUUACUUGAUGGAAUAUUUAUUCCUGUACGACACCGUCGUCGAGCAUGAGCAACAAGAGUGGAACGACACGGAUCCCGCGCUAGGAAGGGUCCAACUUCAGGCCAAGAUCCUAUUACAGCUCGCUUCAACCGACAGUGACUGCACCGAAAGAGUCAAAAGCAGACUGAAAGAAGCGCUCGCCAUGACCUUGCGCGAGAAGGAUACGCAUUUUGACUCUCUGGAACAGUAUCUAGAGUGUCGGAUGGUUGAUUGUGGAGCGCCUUUGUUGGAGGCAUUGUCACUCUUUGGUAUGGGUGUGACACUUACUGAAGAAGAAGACGCCAAACUCGAACCCAUCCGCAGACCAUGCUUCAUUGCGAUAGGCCUGGCCAACGACUACCUCUCUUUCGACCGUGAAUAUCUCGAGUUUUCGGAAUACGAUCCAAAUGCUGGUAUCGAAGACGUGCUGACAAAGAAGUCGAUGCCGGAGAUGUUGGGAAUCAAUUAUGAUGCUCUGUUCGUACACAAAGCCGACGAGGAUUCCGAUAAACAAGUUGAUACGGGGUCUGAUUCCAACACUGGAUACUCCCGGACGUCUUCUACCGAUAGCUUUACAACCAAUACGAGUACGGAACCGGAAACGCAUCGCGACGCCUCUACUUCAUCAUGCACAUCGGCUCAGUCUAGUAUUGGAAUUGAGAAGUCGAUGGCUCAUCAUCUCCCAAAGGGCGAGCUUUUGGAUUGCGAACAUAUCAAAGCACCCUUCGAUUACAUCAGCUCACUUCCCUCGAAAGGUGCACGAGAUGUUUUCAUUGAUGCCCUGAACAUCUGGCUCAACGUCCCCGCACCCGCCGUAUCGCACAUCAAGUCGAUAAGCAAUCGCCUUCACUCUGCCUCCUUGAUGCUCGACGACAUUGAGGACGGAUCCAGCCUUCGAAGAGGCCAGCCGGCUACGCACACUGUCUUUGGUACUGCCCAGACGAUCAACUCAGGAUGCUGGGAGAUUCUGAACGCAGUGCAAGAGACCCAGCAGCUGGGUCUAAAGGCUGUCAAGAUCGUCCUCGAGGAGUUGAGUGAAUUGCACAUUGGGCAGUCGUACGACCUCUACUGGACGGAACACAGCCGUUGCCCGUCGGAAGAUGAGUACUUGGAGAUGGUGUCGAAGAAAACAGGGGGCUUGUUCCGACUCAUUGUGCGACUACUUCUGGAUAGUUCAGAGUCCAAAGCGCCAAAGGGCAACCUACAUACCGAUAUGGGGCAUCUCGCAGGCCUCAUCGGGAUACAGUACCAGAUCCGCGACGACUAUCAGAACCUGUAUUGUCGAGAUUACGGUGUGCAGAAGGGAUUCUGUCAGGACCUGGACGAAGGGAAGUUUUCUUUUCCGUUGUUACACGCUUUGAGCGUGCAGCCAGGCAGUAAGAAGCUACUGUACGAGCUCAUCCAGCGAAGAAGGGAUGCAGGAUGCCUAUCCUACGAGCAAAAGUUGCUCGUACUGGAGCAGCUUGAUUGCGCGGGCAGUAUGACAUAUACCCGCGAGACGUUGAAGCGGUUACAAGGUGAGGUCCACAAGGACGUGAAGAAGAUUGAGGAUAUGACAGGGAAGGAGAACUGGAUAUUGAGGGCUUUGUUGCAGAAGUUGAAGAUACACAGUUAG